AUGGCUGGGAACAGAUGGAAACGGCAGAACGGCUUCAGCAACUCUAGUACCGUUGCUGUGUCGUCCACGUUGUCCUCCACCAAGGACCCCGCCGCUCAAGAGCCUACACUGACAGAAAGUGAUGGCUCGACCUCGAUAUCUACUCCUGGUUCUGAGCCGACUACGACCUUGACUACUACUUCCUCUAGCAGUAGUACCACAACCGUGGGCACCGGUACGAGCCAGAAUGCCGUAACGACGAUAGGGACUGCCCUGCCCCGAAUAACACCUUCGGCAAGCUCGAGUCCGGAUGCGACGACGUCGUCGUCUGGUACUUCCGCUGGCAUGGCAUCUUCGGUCUCGCUCGGGCCCCUUGCGCCGAACUCGCGCACUUCUUCGACGACUAACUCGCCGUCUGUAACAGAGAGCACUACUAGCACGUCGGCCACCUCAUCAAGCUCCCCGCGUGACGCCGUCACGACACAGGUUACUGUUAUUCCACCUGGCCCCGACACGUCUUCAAGCUCAACGGUGACUAGCUCAACGAGCACCGGAGGGGUUACUACUUCCACUACGGCAGCGGCCUCAACGUCCACGAGCGCGACCUCCAGCUCAUCAACCUCGGGAGGACCUCAGUCUACCACCUCGCCUUCCACUACUGCUCCCCAACAGACCGCAUCGACCCCAACGCCUACCGUUCCCGCUGCGACAAGCGAAUCAACCACGCGGCGGAGCCCUGUAGGCAAGGUGAAUACCGAGGUCCCGACGAUUCUGGUCACGAUGCCACCAGCCAAUUCGGCCCUACCCAAGAGCAUAUUCUCGAGCAACGUCGGCUCGGCCAAAGCCAUCCAGAGCAUCUACGCCGGCGUCACGGCAGACACAGCCUGCACCAGCGGCCAGGUGGCCUGCAUCGGCGGGAACUUGAACAUAUGCGGGUCCGGCGGCGUCUUCGCGGUCAAGGAGACCUGCAGCGGCGGCCAGGCCUGCUUUCCGAUGCCUGCGGAUGGGCUUGCUGGCGUGAUGGUCGGGUGCGUGGACAAGACCAAGGCCGAGAGCGUCCUGGGGAUUUCUGAAAGCAGCAGCAGCAGUAGCAGCAUCAGUGCUACGGGCGGCGGAGGCGGCAUUAUCACCGUGACCGAGGCGUCGUCGACUGUCACGCAGACGUUCACGCCCGCCACGACGAGCAGCAGCACGCCCAGGGAGGUGGUCCAGACCAGGACCACUAUGCUGACCAUCCGCACGACCGAGACCAUCAGAACCACGGCCAGCGACCCCGCCCCGCCGACGACGCCUGCUCCCGCCCCGACGUCAACUACCGCUGCCCGCGAGCCGCCCGCGGCGCAGGACCCCAAGCCUACCGGGCCGGCGCCCAACCCUUCCUUCACGCUGGUCAUCACCCCGAUCACUUUCCCUCUCAAGCCCACCAACGCCCCGUCGCCUGCCGGCGGACGGCCCGACCGGGGGGCCCCUGGCAACAACGGCAACGACAAUGGCAACGGCAACGGCAACGAUGACGACAGAGGUGGCGGCGGGAGGGGCGGAAGCCAGGACGGCGGCCCGGGCGGCAGGGUGCAGGCCGCCGCGGCCGUGGUGACGGUGCACGACGCGGCGACGACGGUGCACGAGACUACCACCGUGCGGUAUACCACGACGGCGACGACGACCAUGAGUGUCAGGAUCCUGGGGCUCUGA